AUGUCAUCAUCACCCCAAGUUGAAUACCAGGAUAUUGUGACUUUCGCGGACAGCACCGAACAGUUCUGCACACGCUAUAACAGCUACAAUUCACCUGUCAGCAAAACAUGCAGUAUCACUUUCCAAGGACUGGAGUCUCUUCGCGAAAGUAACAAGGCGCUACAAGAGACUCUGGCAGCUCUCGACAUUUCUCGACCACAGCCCUCUAUCAUCAGCACGCCAGCUCAAAUCGUCAUCAAUGCCGCGAGUUCCAGCUGCACACGCAACAAGCAUGUGCUCGACGCCCUUUUCAGCACUAUACCCAAAGACCACCGCGAGCCGAAAGAGCUUCUCCGAGUGCAACAGGUUGGCAGAGACUGGCGCGACACCAUCAACGGCUCUGGCAAACUUCUUCGCAAGAUGGGGCUUGCGCCUAUUGACGACGUAUUCUACAGUUCACCACUGCCCACGCAUGGUCGUGGUAAUCCCGGAGGUGCUCUACCAGGCAUGGAAUACGUGCCCGAGGGGGGUGAAAGUAGUUGGUGGACGCCCUAUACUGGGGAAUACACUACAGACCUGAACCCUAUGUCAAAUCAGUGGCAUUUACAACUCAUGUUUGACGUUCCGACUCCAAAUCUUGGCUCUCGGUGUCGCGCGAUGCUGGCAUGCCAUCCGCCGCCUGAGCAGAUCAGCCUAGUCGCCGAGUGCAUCGAGUAUGAGAGACGCUAUGGUGGGGGACGUCAUGAACAGAAGGUUGAGCUGGUGGACGAGAAGAGUAAUGGACGUAUGACGAUGGGGCGUCGUAUAGAAACGGUCAUCGACGUGCUGAAAGAUUCCAGAUGUGACCUGCCCACUGGUCACUACGUCCCUUGCGUGCGAGUGAGACUCUCAAUGACCCUGGUGAACGAUGAUCCCAUCAUACUGGAACGUCAUAGGCGCAUGGACUCCGCCGUGGAAUGGUCAGAAGGCAAGAAGAGACGUAGACGGCGAAGCGCUGCUAAGGGCAGGGCGGACUUCGACUCGGGCUCCGACUUCGAAGAGGUUUCCAGUGUUGAGUGA